GCGGAUUGCGUUGAGACGUUGAUUCACGAUGAUUGCGAUGGCAGUUCGUUCCGAUGCCGUAAUGGACGAUGUAUCAGCCUCGGUUGGGUAUGCGAUGGAGCCGACGACUGUGCUGACGCGAUCAAUGGCGGGUUGAGCAGUGACGAGGACAACUGUACUGAUAUGGCAACAACAUGCACGUCGGACGAGUUUUACUGUCGCGUUGUGGGGACGAGUUAUCGCACUUGUCUGUCCACCAUACAUCAAUGUGACGGUGUCACUGACUGUGUGGACGGUAGUGAUGAGAAUUUGACAGAAUGCGCCAGGCCAGACCGUUGCGAUGAGUCCUCGUUCCGAUGUCGUAGUGGGCAGUGUAUUCCCAGUUCAUGGAUUUGUAACGAAAUAACGGAUUGUGCGGAUAAAAGCGAUGAAGAGAAGCAGAUGUGUACGACCCGUUCCUCGGAAUGCGCAGCAGACGAGGUCACUUGCGUAAAAGGCGAACGCACUACUUGCGUGUCACAGGAGAUGAUCUGUAAUCAAAGUCACGAAUGUGAGAACCUGAAAUACUUUGCCGAGACGAUGUGCGGCGUGAACGAGUGCAAGUUCGACUUGUGCGAAGAGCAGUGUGUCGACUUACCGUUUGCGUAUCGUUGUGAAUGUCGUCCGCCAAAGGUGGUCGAUCCGAAGAACCCUGCCAGAUGUAUCAUGGGUGAUCGGUGUUCGUCGUCGAAUUGCUCACAAUUCUGUAUCGAGAAAGGUAACGGUAAGUACGAGUGUGCCUGUGGAACUGCUUACCUGCUGGAGAGCGAUGGGCGUGGCUGUAAAUUGAGGUCCAAAGCCGUUCCACCGAUGCUGAUCGCAGUGGCAAGUGACGUCGUGCGUAUCACUUCCUUCAGAGACUCCUAUCAGACCUUAUCAAUCAAUACUUCGACUGGACGUGCUGUGGCGUACAAUGCUCGCACUUCUUCCGUAUAUUGGAUAGAUGAUAACGAGACUGUGGGAAGAGCGUUCAUGAAUGGAACGAGCAUCGAUCUCCGUGAUAUAGCCAUGUACGAUCCCGACAGCAUAGCAGUGGACGAGUUUUCCGGAAAUAUUUAUUGGACAGCAAAAUCACGGAAUGCCAUUAUGAUGUCGGACAGUGAGAAUCGGUUCUUCAAAACUGUAUACAGGCGAGGACCGGGAGUACUGCCAUACGCGUUGGCAAUCGAUUCAUCGCAUAGGUAA